GCCUGCCCGACAUGGAACCCAGCAGCUCGAGCUCUUUGAAUGCAGACACGGCAGACGCGUCGAAUCUAUUCCGCGUCAUUGACAAGGACAACGUCCACGGCCUCAAUCUAGCCGUACCCGAGAGCGCGCAGGCGGUCAUCAAGCCGUGGCACGAGCGCGAAGAUACGACGGUAUAUGCAGACUCGGGGGUCGAUGAUCAGAUGAUCAUACACGUCCCCUUCACGGAGAGCGUCAGGCUUCGAUCAGUGCUAUUAAAGCUCGGCCGAGGAGAGUCCACCCCGCGCACGCUACGUAUCUUCGCCAACCACCCCAAUAUCGUCGAUUUCGCGGACGCGGAGAACACGCGACCCCAGCUGAACAUCAGGCUACUAGAAGGAGAGGUCGAAGUCGUUGAAUACCCGUUGCGGGUAGCGGCGUUUACCAGCGUAACGUCGCUCUCGCUGUUCUUUAGUGAUGCCGUAGGGGAGGACACCUCUCGACUCUACUAUCUUGGCUUUCGAGGCGACCUUCGUAAUCCCAAGAAAGACGCGAACUCGAAGAUCGACAUACCUGCUGCAAACGCGGCAGACGCGCCGCUCGUAGACCGAGUGUCGGAGAAGUCCGCGGGUGCACAAACGACGGCCAGAUAGACCGCAUAUAUCCUGGCACGCUGCACAACGGCCAACGGAGUUUGCCUGUCAUAAUGUUGUCUCCAGGUUGACAAUGGAAUCAUUGGCUUCAUGCCCCCUUU